AUGCGGAAGAUCGUUAACGCAGGGCUCUGCCGAUUGCUGCCAUUAAAUAGAACUGUCCACACGCUCACAGAGCGAUGGGCGGAGGUGGAAGACAGCAGUUCAGAAACGCAGAGACUCUUGGGCAGCCAGUGUGGGGACGUGCUCUACCCGACACUGGAGGGGAGCGCCUGCCGACCGCCCCGGGAGGCGUGGUUUUAUCCAUCAGACGGUCGAGUUCUGUGUGAGGCCGAGACCAAGGAGGAGGCGGCCGUUGCUGGGGAGAACGCUGCUGAGAAGGAGCGCGGGCAGGGGGGAGGCCCGAAGGAGCCAGAAGGGAACAGCAGAGGCUGUGCCGCGGCCGCGAAGAGCGAGAAGGAGCAGAGCCACCAGAGCGCCGCCCCGCAGGAAGUCACGGCCAGCCCGCCGAGCCCCAGAGAAGGCGUCACGGUGUACUUCCACGCCAUCCUCUCCAAAGACUUUGAUUUCAACCCCGACCGCCAUACGUUGUUUGUCCUCGGGGGAGGGGAGCUUGGGCAGCCAGAAUGGAGGAGGAGUGUCUGCAAGCUGCACUGCACCAGGCACCUGCCCGAGGAGGGCUGGCUGGUCGAGGGCAGCACCGUCAUUUCCAGGCGGCACCUGGACAUACCCAUCCCUUACAAGUACGUCGUUGGGCACGACAAGGGCUCUGGGGAGUACGAGUUCAUCUACAAGAUCCCGCAGAGGCAGGGCGAGCACGUCAACCGCUGCCUGUGCAUAAAAUCUUCACUCCUGGGCACAGGAGAGUGGCAUCAGUACGAUGACAUAAUUUGUAUGAGGCCUCCUGGGACGUUCCAGAGAGUCCUGAACCACAUAACAGAUGGGACGAGGAGGUCGCUGGUGAAAGGGAAGCAGCGGGCCGCCACCGUGAUGCUGGACAGCAUCUUCAGCGUCCUCCAGACCUGGGAUGCCAUCAACUUAAACAGCUUCUUCACCCAGUUCCAGCAGUUUUACUCUGUCGUCCGAGCGCCCAUGAUCUACGAAGGACGCGCACAGCUGUGGAGCGAUUUGCGCUAUGGAGAGAAAGAGGUGAAGAAGGACUUGUGGGAGUAUUUGAAAAAGCAAAUGGACUCAUUUCUGGACGGGUCGGGGGACUCUCUGCCUGACGGCUGCCCGGUGAGGAGCAGACUGAGAAUGGGCCUGAUCGUGCUUUUCUCGGUGGAAAAGUUCGGCUUGCCCAUGUCAGAAGAUGACCUGGACUUGCUGUGUCGCAUGCUUGUCCCGGACGCCAGCUCACCGCACGACCUUCACGACGACCUCAGCCACAUCCUCAGGACAGCUCAGAGCUGGCGCCAGUACCUGGUGGCCCUGUGCCACUCGUGCGUCGACAAGCGGCUGUUCCGCUGGCUGGGCACGCUGCCCGUGCUGCACCACUGUGCGAAGCCGUCCCCUGGAGGGAAGGACACUGGGAGUCGGCCUGAGGACACCUGGGCAGCCCUCGAGGGUCUCUCCUUCUCGCAGUUCCGGGAGAAAAUGGCGUGCCGGAGCGAACCACUUCAGUUUAUGGUAGGGAAGAGGCAUUUGCUGAAUGUAGACGAAUAUCUCUUCCGAUCCUGGUUUAGCCUGCUGCCUCUGAGUGACUUGGCUCAGUAUAUGAAGAGCUUUGUUGAAUACCUGGGCCAUUUUCCUGCUGGUGUCCUGGACCUUCUUCUGGGGACUUACUUCCGGCUGCGAGGACUUACGGAAAUCUCUCACCGAAAUCUGGAGGAUGUUGAAAGUGUUUUAAAGAUGCUGUUGCACCUCCUGGGCGCUUACCACCACAACAUUCCCGAGGAGACCUUGUCACAGUCCUACCCGGCCGUGUGCCUGAGGCUGCACGAGGCCGUCUGCAGCGUCACCAAGAUCCGGGGCUUUUAUGAGAUUCCCGCCUUGUCGGCCGAGAUCGUCCGCACUGUUGUCGCUCUUCAGCCCGCCGUGGACUCAGGAGGACGCGGGAAGGAAGCCAGGAAGAGUUCGGUUCCGACACUCUCCCAGGGGACUCUGGCUGCUACUAGAGCUUGGCUCCACAGAAUUCUUAAGAAGAACAUGUUCCAGGAGACACGUUCAUCUGUCUCACUCACUUAUUCCGAGGAAAUCCAGGUCUGGCGGCGGCUGGUGGAAAUAGACUUCCCCGCGGAGCACGGUUGGAAGGAGUCGUUGCUGGGAGACUUGGAAGGGCGGCUCAAACAGGAGAGGCCCCUCUUGCAGAUCCGGGCCUACUGCAGCUCCCGCUGGGACUCCGCGGGCUCAGAGGACGCUGUGGCCAAGACCUUUGAGAAGUGUGUCAUUGAAGCCGUGAGCUCAGCCUGCCAGUCACAGAGGAGUAUCCUUGAGGGAGUCUCUUACCACGAUUUGCAGAAAUUCGGCACCCUUGUGUCUGCCGUGAUCACCAAGUCCUGGCCUAGAGACAGAGGGAAGGCCGUGGAUGACCUGGAUGAAAUUUUUAAGCACCUGCUCACGUGGCCGGAUGUGAAGCAUCUUUUCAGACUGUGUGGAACUGAUGAGAAAAUAUUAGCAAAUAUCACAGACGAAGGCAAGAAGCUGAUGGCUACUGCUAACUCUGUGUUGACAAAAGUUGCUGGUGACCUGCUAAACGGGACGAUCCUCAUCGGGCAGCUGGAGCUGAUUAUGAAGCACGAGACUCAGUUUCUUGACAUCUGGCAACUAAAGGAAAAAUGUCUUUCAUCCCAGGAGAAAUUAGCUGAUAUGAAGAAAGUGCUGGAUUGGAGAAAGGAAGAACUAGAUUUUCUAAAGAAGGAGGAAAGUUACGUUGACGGCCUGCUGAAGCUGUGCGAGAGUGUGAAGCACCUGGUGCAAGUGGACUUUGGAGAGGUUGCAACAAGACACUCAGAGGACCUGAGCAGUAAAAGGUUAAAUGAAGCCGUGACAGUGAGACUGCCCACCUCCUCGGACCAGCCGAUGACAAUACACUACCACUUGAGCCCCCAGGUCCAAGAAAUGGCUGAAAAGGUAGAUUUGCUGAAAGACAGCCACAUCUUCCAGAUCUUCUGGAAGGAAGCCGCAGAGUGGUUGAGUGAUCCUGAAGAAGAAUCAGAAAGGCAAAUACUGCAGCUCGAAGAGGCGUAUGGUCAUCUAUAUCAGCCUUCUUACGAAAAGUUCCUUGUACUUUAUGAGGACCUGAAGUCAGGAGAGGUCACCUUUGCAGAAAUCAAUGUCCUCUUCAAGGACUUUGUGAAUAAGUACAGUGAACUGACGACAGAGCUCCACAUCAUGGGUGCUGUGGACAGCCAGAGCCCACGGGACUGGAUCCGGGAGCGGGUUGGGCAGAUCAGGGAGUACCAUAACCUGCACCAGGCUGUCAGCGCGGCCACGGUUAUCUCGCAGGUCAAAGAGGAUCUGGGACUGACUGGUGACUUCAGUGUUCUUUGCACUUUACUACGUUUUACUGACAACUUUGAGGACUUCCGCCACGAGAAACUGGUCCAGAUCAGCCCGCAACUUAUCCAGGCCAAGAAGAUGCUGCAGGACAUGAGCGCGGCCCGGUGCCGGUGUCUGCAGGCGCUGUCCGGGAGGAAGGAGUUCAUCAGCUGGGUGCGGGAGGCACUGGGAGGCAUCAACGAGCUGAAGGUGUUCGUGGACCUGGCUUCCAUCUCGGCGGGCGAGAACGACAUAGACGUGGACCGGGUGGCCUGUUUCCACGACGCCGUGCAGGGCUACGCCCCCCUGCUGUACAAGCUGGACGCCAGGGCAGGGUUCGGCGCGUUCAUGGAGCACCUGGCAGAACUGUGGAAGGCUCUGGACAUCGACCAGCACCUGCCCAAUAAACUGAGUGACUCUGCCAGGAACUUGGAGUGGCUGAAAACAGUGAAGGACAGUCAUGGGUCUGUAGAACUCUCGUCCCUGUCCCUGGCCACCGCGAUCAACAGCAGAGGCAUCUAUGUGAUCGAGGCACCCACAGGUGGCCGAAAGGUUUCCCCGGACGCGGUUCUGCGCCUGGUCCUCCCCGAGGGCCACGGUGGCCACGAGGAGACGCGGGGCUACUCUUUGGAAGAGCUGAAGGAGCUCUUGAACAAGCUGAUGCUGAUGUCUGGCAAGAAGGAUCACAGCAACACUGAGGUGGACAGGUUUUCUGAGGUGUUCUGCAGCGUGCAGAGGCUCGUCCAGGCCUUCCUGGACCUCUACCGUGCCGGGAACAUGCUGUUCAGGAGCUGGACCGCCGAGAUCCACUGCUCGCCCCGGAGCGGCAUCUCCGUCCGCAUGGACUUCGGCCUGGGGCUGGUGAACCAGCUGACGGGGAGCGGGGACGUCACUGGGCUGCUGGAAGCCGUCUGCAGGCAGAUGGAGCACUUCCUGGAACGCUGGGAGAGGUUCGUGACGGAGAAGCGCACGGAGCACUUUCACCUCAACUUCUACACGGCGGAGCAGCUGGUUUACCUGAGCACGGAGCUCAAGAAGGAGGCGCCCAGCGAAGCUGCCCUAACCAUGCUGUCCUUCAUCAAAGGCCGCUGCACCCCGAGGGACGUCUUAAUGGCCUCCGAGGGGCAGGACGAGGAGGCCGCCAGGUACCGCGUGCGCAGAGUGGUUAAGGAGGUGCAGCGGGUGCUCUCCAAGUCCAGCCUGGAGGACAAGCUGCAGGCCAUCAUGGAAAAGUCCACGGGCUGCCUGAGUGCCUUCCUGCCCGACUGCCUGGACCUGGAGGCGCUGGGCCGCUGUCUGGCUUGCCUGGCGGAGAUGGGCGGGCCCCUCCCGGAGCGGGACCUCCCCAGAGGCCUGCACGUCGGCCAGCCCAACCUCGUGGUCUGCGGCCACUCGGAGGUGCUGCCGGCUGCCCUGGCCGUCUACAUGCAGGCGCCGGACCAGCCCCUCCCCACCUACGACGAGGUGCUGGUCUGCACCCCGGGGACCACGUCCGAGGAGGUGGCGCUGCUCCUUCGCCGCUGCCUCUUCCCGGGCUCCCGCGGGCGCAAGGUCUACAGCCUGCUGUUCGCAGACCAGCUGAGCUACGAGGUGGCCUGCCAGGCGGAGGAGCUGCUCCAGCGCCUGCGCACUCAGCCCCACCGGGAGGACUACCAGCUGGUGCUGGUGUGCGACUGUGACCGGGAGCACUGCUACCUGCCCUCGGCCUUCAGCCAGCACAAGGUCCUCGUCACGCCCCAGGCUCCCCUCGAGGCCAUCCAGGACUACCUGGCACGUCACUACCGGGUCCCAGAGCAGAGCCAGUCGGCGGCGGCCGCGUUCCAGGACCGGAUGUGUGUUGGGAUCGUGGCCUCGGAGAGAGCCGGUGUCGGCAAGUCUCUCUAUGUGAAGAGAUUGCAUGACAGACUGAAGCUGAUGUUAAAGAGCAGGGAAGUGCCUCUGAAAACCAUUCGACUCAUCGACCCUCAGGUGGACGAGGGCCGCGUCCUGGGCUCCCUCCUGCCGUUCCUGGCCGCACGGUAUCAGGACAGACCCGUGAUAUUCCACGUGGACGUGACCUCUUCGGUGCGGACUGGAGUUUCGGUGUUUCUUUUCAAACUCCUCGUUUUACAGUACUUAAUGGACAUACAUGGGAAGAUGUGGCUCCGGAAGCCGUGCCAUUUAUAUGUCAUCGAAAUCCUGGAAGGGAAUUCCGUGCUGCCCAGGAGGUCUUCGAGGCCGGUCCGUUUCGUGGGGCAUUUUCUCGUGGUGUGGGAGGGUCUUCACUUCCUUCGGGGCCCACCACAGGGGUGA